AUGCCAGAACCCACAGAGGAAAUGUGGAAAAAAGUUGCAGAAAGAUAUAAAACCAUGUGGCAUUUUCCAAACUGUAUUGGGGCUAUAGACGGUAAGCACAUCAAUAUACAAUGCCCUAUUAAUGCCGGAUCUACGUAUUACAAUUACAAGGGAAGUCACUCUAUUGUUCUAUUAGUGAUAGUAGAUGCAGACUACAAGUUCAUUACAAUUGAUGUCGGAUCGUACGGAAGGAACAGUGACGGAGGAAUUUUUUCUAACUCAAUUAUUGGUAAAAAGUUGCACAACAAUACACUCAAUAUACUGAAACCUAAUCCUUUAUUAGAAAAUGGAGAUCCGUUACCAUAUGUCUUUGUCGGAGAUGAAGCGUUUCCAUUAAAACUAUUAUCGCGGGGACGACGUGUCGUUGAAAAUGCCUUUGGAAUUCUAGCUGCAAGAUGGAGAUGUUUCCGAGGUCACAUUGAAGUACAACCAGAAUUCGUUGAUAAAAUUGUUCUCGCAUCUUGUUGUUUACAUAAUAUGUUGUGCACAGACAAUGAGUUUGAACCCGACUUAGACACAAAUCAAGUUCCAGAAAAUGCUUUUUUAAAUAUAGAUGCUCUACGUAGAAAUAGCACUCGAGAAGCAACUCAAAUUCGAGACGCAUUUAAAGAUUAUUUCAAUUCUGAUGCUGGUAGUGUAGUAUGGCAAGUCGAUAGUGUUAGAAAAGGAAGAAUACAUACUUAG